CUGCCGCGGGGUGGAACCUGCUGCAAGCCGUUAACACAAAUUUUACUUGUAACCUUGAGGAUACCGACGGGUAGAGAAGCCCGAGCCUUCCCAACAUUGACCAGCGACUGGAUUUGUACUAGGGGAGGUGGGAGACGGUUUCCAAAAUGUCUGACGAACAGUACAGCGAUGGCUACAUGGACGGCGAGGAAGAAUGGGAUAGGGAGGGACUGCUAGACCCUGCCUGGGAAAAACAGCAGAAAAAGACAUUCACAGCAUGGUGCAACUCCCACCUCCGGAAAGCAGGGACCCAAAUAGAAAACAUAGAGGAAGACUUUCGAAAUGGGUUAAAAUUAAUGUUACUACUGGAAGUGAUAUCUGGGGAACAGUUACCAAAGCCUGACAGAGGCAAAAUGAGAUUCCAUAAAAUAGCUAAUGUCAACAAGGCACUGGAUUAUAUUGCCUCCAAAGGUGUCAAGUUGGUUUCUAUUGGUGCUGAAGAAAUCGUUGACGGAAAUGUGAAGAUGACACUGGGUAUGAUCUGGACCAUCAUUUUACGAUUUGCCAUUCAAGAUAUCACAGUAGAAGAGCUAACAGCUAAGGAAGGUCUGUUGUUGUGGUGCCAGAGGAAAACUGCUCCAUACAAAAAUGUCAAUGUGCAAAACUUCCAUCUCAGCUGGAAGGAUGGUUUGGCCUUCUGUGCGCUCAUUCACAGACAUCGGCCUGAGCUGCUUGACUAUUACAAACUGUCUCGGGACAACCCCAUGCACAAUUUGAACCUGGCUUUCGAUAUUGCUGAAAAACAUCUUGAUAUUCCAAGAAUGUUGGAAGCAGAAGAUAUGGUGAACUCUGCCAAGCCAGACGAGCGCUCUGUCAUGGCUUAUGUAUCCUCUUACUACCAUGCUUUCUCUGGAGCUCAGCAGGCUGAAACUGCAGCUAACAGAAUCUGUAAAGUAUUGAAAGUCAACCAGGAGAAUGAGCGGUUGAUGGAGGAGUAUGAGCGCCUGGCCAGUGAUCUUUUGGAGUGGAUCCGAAAGACAAAGCCGUGGCUGGAGAACAGACAGACAGACAACACUCUGGCGGGAACCCGUGGUAAGCUGGACCAGUUCCGUGAUUACCGUCGUCAACACAAACCGCCCAAGCUGGAGGACAAGGCUCGUCUGGAGAACAGUUUCAACACUCUACAGACCAGGCUACGCCUUAGCAACAGGCCUGCCUACAUGCCUACAGAGGGCAAGAUGGUUUCGGACAUUGCAAAUGCCUGGAAAGGCUUGGAAAAUGCAGAGAAAGGGUUUGAGGAAUGGCUUCUCUCUGAACUUCAAAGGCUUGAGCGUCUAGAUCACUUAGCUCAGAAGUUUAAACACAAGUGUGACAUCCAUGAGGAAUGGGCUCACGGCAAAGAGGAGAUGCUGCAGUCUCAGGACUACAAGAGGUGUAGACUUAAUGAAAUUAAGGCUAUGAAGAAGAAGCACGAGGCUUUCGAGAGUGACCUUGCGGCCCAUCAAGACAGAGUUGAGCAGAUAGCAGCCAUUGCUCAGGAACUAAAUGCCUUAGAUUACCAUGAUGUUCAAAGUGUUAAUGUUCGCUGUCAGCGUAUUUGUGAUCAGUGGGAUAGGCUGGGUACACUGACACAGAAACGUAGAGAUGGCUUAGAGGUGAGAAGCAGAAAAGAUUUAGAAAGAAUAGAUCAACUUCAUUUGGAAUUUGCCAAGAGAGCAGCUCCUUUCAACAACUGGAUGGAUGGCGCCAAAGAAGACUUGAUGGACAUGUUCAUUGUUCACACUACAGAAGAGAUUCAGGGAUUGAUUGAUGCCCACGAGCAGUUCAAGCAGACUCUGGGUGAGGCUGACAAAGAGUUCAACACCAUCAUCUCACUGGUUCAGGAGGUACAGAGGCUGUCCCAGCAAUACGGGAUGGCUCCGCCUGAUAACCCCUACACCACCCUCAGUCCUCAGGACAUUGCUAACAAGUGGGGUGACGUGAAACAGCUUGUGCCAAACAGAGACAAUAUCCUGCAGCAGGAGAUGAUCAAACAACAGAACAACGAGCGACUUCGCCGGCAGUUUGCUGCUAAAGCUAAUGUGGUGGGUCAGUGGAUCGAGACCCAGCUGGACGCGGUGGCCUCCAUUGGUCUCCAAGGCAAGAGUUCGCUGGAGGAUCAGUUGAACAAACUGAACCAGUACGAUAAGGUGGUUAUUCAGUACAAACCCAACAUGGACGAUCUCGAGAGGACGCACCAGGAGGUUCAGGAGGCCAUGAUCUUUGAGAACAGAUACACUCAGUACACCAUGGAGACUUUGCGUGUGGGCUGGGAACAGCUGUUGACAGCUAUCGCCCGCAACAUCAAUGAGGUGGAGAACCAGAUUCUGACCAGAGACUCAAAGGGCAUCAGUGAGUCACAGAUGAAUGAGUUCCGUCUCUCCUUCAACCACUUUGACAAGAACAGGACCCGUAGACUGGAGCCGAAGGAGUUCAAGGCUUGCCUGGUCAGCCUGGGUUAUAACAUCAGAGAGGACAGGCAGGGGGAGGCCGACUUCCAGAGGAUCAUGUUGAUUGUGGAUCCUAACAGAACUGGCUAUGUGACGUUUGAUGCCUUCCUGGACUUUAUGACGAGAGAGACGGCCGAUACUGACACAGCUGAGCAGGUCAUGCAGUCCUUCAAGAUCCUGGCUGGAGACAAGCCUUAUGUGACUGCGCAGAUCCUGCGCCAGGAGUUGCCACCUGAUCAGGCAGAGUACUGUAUUCAGAGGAUGGCACCCUACACUGGGAAGGAUGCAGUGCCCGGAGCCCUGGAUUACAUGUCCUUUUCCACAGCCCUUUAUGGAGAGAGUGACUUGUAAUAGAGGCUAAGAUUGGAAAAGAGACUAAUACUAUUCCCUGUAUAAUAUAAUGCUGGCCGGGUUGGGGAGCAGCAUUUGGGCUGGCACAGCCUCUGACACGUCUUCACCCUGUUCACACACACUUUAAGUAUUGACCCACCAUAUACAGAGACAAGCCCCUUCCCUCACACCCUGUUUUGAUAUUACACAAAGUAUGAGAAAAUAUAAGUAUAUUUUUAUGAUGUGCUGAUUGCUGUGGGUGGGGGUAAGGAGUUAUCUCCCCUUCCUUGUCUGGCUGUCACUUGUUACAGUAUCCAGUAAUAUCAUUUCCAGUCAGAUCACUGGUAAGCUCUCAGAUUUGCCUUUGUGUUUAUGUGGAGCUGUGGUCCUCACUGAUGAAUACCAGGAUUCCAGUAAUGUGCUUACUGGGCUAAAAUCAGUGGAUAUCGGUAGAGAUAGUUUUUAAUCCUAUGGACCAACAUCAAAGUAAUCAUAACAUGUUCAAGAUCUCCAUGUUGAAUUUCUGGGUGGGAAUUGUUUAUUUUCCCAGUCAUAUGGUUGGAUCACAGCCCCAUAUAAACCCGCUCGCCCACGUGUUGCUCAGUGGCCUCUUCCCUCGGCUCUCCCGACCCAGGGGUCAAAGUUCAGGUUGUGUCCCUCGUAUCUUGCCAGCAGGAAAUGGGUUUGUUAGAGUUUCUAAACUUCUCAGUAGGUUUGUCCGGGAGAAAUAAUCAAAAUAAAAAUUCCAUGCAAACCCAGUUGACCGAGAAUUAAAUGGAUGAACUUGCAUGUGCGGUUGUUGUAGCGCUAUUUUGGACAGUUGAGAAAGUCUGCCGUUGUAAAAUAGUCUGGCUGUUGUUGUUGUUGUUAUAGAUGUACAAGACAUGAGCCUCCCGAUCUGCAUGCAGUGCUCUGCUGGUGCGGUGUAUUUAUUUGCUCUAGGGCAGGGCUAGCAGUGAUAAAAUUCGCGUCUUCCAUCAUCAUUGCAGAUUUUGGAGAGCUUGUGAAUUUUAUCAGUGAGCUGUCUCGUUUCUUCCUAAUUGUUAUUUUUAUUUCCAACCAGUUUUGUUUUGGUUCUUGUUUAUGACUUGUUGUAGAUAUUUGUUACUUAUGUCAUGGCUGAUUUAAAGCAAAGAUUCCUAGUAAAAAUAGGCAACAACUGUCAUAAGCCAAAUUUAGUGCUGUUAUCCUAUUUUUUUUUUUUUGUUUUUUUUGUUUAUGCUAAAGUGCAACGAAGUUGGUGUCAUCAUUUAAGAUGGACAAGAACAUUUUUAUUUAAGACUAAGAUAUUUUUAUUAUUGUAAUGAAUGCAGCCAACAGCAUGGUGAAGGUGACAUUUGGUGCAGGCCUCUUCACUUCUUGAGUACAAACUUUAGGCGUACCUAAAACUUUGCUUUUUGCAUGUGUGAUCCUGCCAUAGCACGUGACUAAGUUAUUCUAUAUAUCCUGGUUUUUAAGGAACGUUUAAGUAUGAAAUGUGAACAUAAGAGCGAAUUCCCUGGUUUAUGCUGUGGGCAUAUUUACUUAAUAGCUAAAUAAAAUACAUGAGCAAAGAAAAUUUGGAAAAAAAAUUGCAAAUUUGAAAACGAAAAAGAGGAUAAAAUACCAUGGAAAAAUUGUAAAAUGAAGGAUGUGGAAAGAUAAAACAUCAAGAGUUCCAGAUUUAUCACUGCCCAGUAACACAUCUAAAAACAACCUGCUGCACACAGCGUCUAGAGUUUUCAACAACAUUAACUUUGAGUUUUUGUGUCCAGUGGUUUGAAGAGUGCUUUCUAGUGUCACGGAGUUCUGUUUGUUCAUGUGUAUAUCAUGUGUUGUGGAUAGAACACAACCGAUGCUUUUUAACUAAACCAGUGUCCACUGUAAGUAGUUUGUAGUUCACCGUAAUGAUAUGCUCACAAAAAGAAAGAAUUGGCCAAUCACAGUGCAGGCUUUAUUACCUAUGUAGAUAUUGAUGUCAUGCUUUUGUAUCCUGGAAGUAAUGUUUCUUAUAGACCUUGUUUUGUAUUCCUCUUUUUAUUAUAUUAUCUUUUU